AUCACCAUCAUGAAGUACUUAUCAAUGUUCUAUAUAUUUAUGUACCUCUCCAUUCAAGGGCUGAUCGCCGAGGAGAAGGUGAUUUUCACCGAUGAUCAGAUCAUGAUCAUAAUUGAUCGAAUAUGUAAUAAAGGCUUUAAUUGUCCCAAGGAUACAUACGCAACGUUCACAUCUCCUGGGCGGUCCACUUGGAAGAAGGAAAAAAUUUUCGAAUCAAAUCUCAUCAAAAACUACAAGAAUGGAUUAAUAGAAAUGAGCGAAAUUUAUCCGCUGUUUUUGAAGGAAUUCUGUUGCGAAACCCUCGAAUGUUUCUCUCGCAAUUGCAGAUUCUUUCAAAGACCUGAGGAAAAAGCGCUGAUCAAGCAUGUGAUGAAGAACUUCGGAGCCAAUGCUCCCAAACUUUUCGAGUUGAAUCUUGAAGAACUUGAGGAAUUCCGUGAGCCUGUUAUGCAUCAAAUCGAGCACAAAACCUACGAAAACCAAAAAAACCCUCACUACACAGCACAAGUCGAAGAUCUUUUCGAUUAUCUGCACAAGCAUCAUGACAGAAUUCUUCAGCGGUUCAAAGAAGUGCAAAAGGACGAGAGUCAGGAGAUCCAGGAAAAGAAAUGAGCAUUUUUUGUUGUUAAUGUACACAUAAGUUAGCAUUUAUUUAUUAGAGUUCCCUAUUAUUAUUAUUAUUAAUAUUUUCCCGUUGAUCUACACGCACAACAAUCCUUACCUCGAAAAUUACUAUCUCUCUCUCUUCCUCUCGAAACACCUCAUAUUUAAUAAUAGUUCACUCCUUUCCUUCUCCUCUUUGUUAUUAAUUAUUUUUCGCCUAUUUAUGUUAUUAGUUAUUUAAAUAUGAUGGUGAGUUUUUUAUGUUAUUGGAAAAAGAAUACACAGUUUGUUAAUAA